AUGGUCUUGGGUGAUUUUAACACCAUCAGACUCCACUCUGAAGCCUUCGGGGGUGCUUCGAACGUGGGGGAUAUGGAGGAGUUUGACAUGGCUAUUCGAGAGGCGGACCUUGUUGAACCCGCGGUCCAGGGGAACUGGUUUACUUGGACUAGUAAGAUACAUGGGUCGGGUUUGAUGAAUAGACUUGAUCGUAUCCUAGUGAAUGAUGAGGGGCUUAGUACAUGGUCGAACAUGAGGGUUAACGUCCUCCCGUGGGGUAUUUCUGAUCAUUCUCCUAUACUUGUCUAUCCCAGUAAUCAGCGAAGCCAACAAGUGGUCUCUUUUCGUUUCUUUAACCAUUGGGUUGAAGAAGCGUCCUUUAUGGAUGUUGUGUCCUCUGCUUGGACCAAAGAUACUAGAGUUUCUCCAACUGUGAAUAUUGUGAGGAACUAA